AGCUGCGUUUUCUGCGAGAGUUAAUUUAAAGUUUACAAUUUGUUUAUUGAGCAGAAAAAAAAUUUAUUUUAAAAAAAUGGUAGAUGCUUUCUGUGGCACAUGGAAACUGGUCAGCAGUGACAACUUUGAUGAGUAUAUGAAAGCUCUAGGUGUUGGGUUUACAAUGAGACAAGUUGGAAGUGUGACUAAACCAAUGCACAUCAUCUCUAAAGAGGGAGAUAAAGUAGUUGUAAAAACACAAAGUACUUUAAAGAACACUGAGAUUUCAUUCACACUGGGAGAGGAGUUUGAUGAGACCACCUUAGAUGACCGACACUGUAAAUCCACUGUGGUGAUGGAUGGAGACCAGCUUGUUCAUGUGCAGAAGUGGGAUGGAAAAGAGACCACCCAUGUCCGGCAGGUCAAAGACGGGAAGAUGGUGAUUAAACUCACCUUUGGGGACGUGGUGGCUGUGCGUAACUAUGAAAAAGCAUAAGUUUGGGGAACAUUAUGAGGAUUUGUCCUUCUCCAGGCAUCAACAUGACAGGCAGCAACGACGUGCAUUGAUGCUUUACAGAAAGAAAAACUUGGCACUUCAUUCCUCCACAUCUAUAAAAGCAUGGACUACAAAUGUUUUUGAAUCCAUUUAAAAAAAAAAUUUUCUUUUUUUUACUUUUGGGUCAGUAUGAUUCAUUUGUAAUAAACAAACAGACAAAAUAAAAAUGGCUUGUGUGAA